ACUCAGUUGCAUAAAUAGUCCAGCUGGGCAGAAGUCUUAAAACAGUUAUAUUUGGGGGAAUGCCACUAUAUGAGCGCUCACACUUAUGGGCUCCAGUAACUCCAGACGCAGGAGAAUGAACCGCGAUAGCGACAGAAGAGAUGAUGGCGAGGAAACCGAUGAAGGUGGAAGUGACACAGAUUUGGCCACUAUCUUGUCUUACCUAAUUCGCAGUGGUCAAGUUCAGAUCUUGCAGUCGGAUAACUUACAUGAUGAAGAUGAUGACGAUGAUGAUGAUGACUGCAUGAUGCCACGCAACACCUGUCCAGUUCCCACAGAUUUCCCCCCAGAUAUCAGUGGACUAGAGAAAAGUGAGUUCAAACAGGCCAUGUUAGUGCAGUCAGGUCAAGGCUCUCAUGCUGGGGAGAAGAGGAAAAUGUGCAUCCCAGAUAUGCUACACAAGAGAGAGACUGGAAUGGUGAAGGGUCAGACUUUUUCUCACAGUCAGCGCUGCAGAUUGAACUCACCGUUUUUGCCAAACACGAAAACGACAGUGGCUUCAUACCACAACAAGGCGUUCUGUGGAAUAUACUCUCAGGAUGGAAAUGUGUUCCUCUCCGCAUGCCAAGAUCAAAAUAUCAGAGUGUAUGAUACGACAUUGGGUUAUUUCCGUCAGACUAAUUUGAUACAAGCCAGGGAUAUAGGCUGGUCCAUCCUGGAUAUAGCCUUUAGUCCUGAUGGUCACCACUUGAUAUAUUCCAGCUGGUCUGAUAAUGUGCACUUGUGUAACCUACAAGGAGACUGCGAGACUCAUCAUGCGUUAAACUUCUGCCCAAAUGAUGGACGGUUUUGUGUGUUCUCCUUGGCCUUCUCAGAGAAUAGCACAGAGAUCCUAGGAGGAGCAAAUGACGGAUGUUUGUACAUCUAUGAUACAGAGAGAAAUGAUAGGAUAUUAAAGAUUGAUGCACAUGAAGACGACGUAAAUGCUGUGGCAUUCGCAGAUGAAAGUUCACAGAUCCUAUUCAGUGGUGGAGAUGAUGGUCUAUGUAAGGUAUGGGACAGACGCACCCUGAGUGAGGAGCAGCCUGUACCAGUAGGCAUUUUGGCUGGUCACUCUGAUGGAAUUACAUACAUUGACUCUAAGGGUGAUGCACGCUAUUUAAUCUCCAACUCUAAAGAUCAGUGCAUCAAGCUGUGGGAUGUCAGGGCCUUCUCUCCAUCAGAGGGACAAGAGGCAACAAGAAGAGCUGUGUCGUCGCAGAGAUGGGAUUACCGGUGGCAGAGGGUGCCCAGGAGAGUUAUACGUCAGAAGUGCCUGAAGGGAGACACAUCUCUGAUGACAUAUCGAGGUCACUGCGUUCUCCACACGCUCAUUCGCUGUCACUUCUCUCCGGCCUUCUCUACUGCUCAACGAUAUAUCUACUCUGGUUGUGCUAAUGGAACUGUUGUCAUUUACGACACACUAACAGGAAAAAUCUUGUCAAAGCUUGAAGGCCAUAACCAUUGUGUGAGGGACGUCUCCUGGCACCCCUACGACAACACCAUAAUGAGCACUUCUUGGGAUGGUACAUUGGGGAAAUGGGAAUACAAGACCGAUGCAGCUUUCUCAGACUCGGACACAGACAGUGAUGAUGGCACAGGUCCCCGAACCAAACGUGAUCGGCGAAGGAGACAUAACAGAGAUAACCAAAGACUUUGCCGCCGUCCGAAACGCUUCUCUCUUCUGGACUAGUGCUUUCCUGUUCAUGUUUGUAAAUAUACUUCAUGAUCUCUGAAUGAUUGUGGUUUUUUUAUUAAGGAAUCUGUUUUACAUGUUUCAUGUAAACACGAACUGUUGUUGGAUAUUUUACAGAAUGCUGUGUUUAUGCCAGGUGUGGCAGUAUGUUUUUUCGGGGUAAAUUGCUCCAUACCUGUGUAUUUAUAUAGUUAGAUAUGCAGUUGACAUAGAAUAAAGGAAAAUCAGAGUUUUAUAAAUAAACUGUAGGUACCCAUUAUGUCUAACCAGGGCCCACUUUCAAACUUCAAAAAUCAUUUUUUUGUAACUUUUCUGGUAAAUCACAUGACCUCAUCACCAUAAUGUGUCCAAUAAGAAUGUUACCACAAAUGUGGUACUGUAAUUCCUCAAUCUUUUUGCAUGUUAGCAAGGUGAUUAUUCCAGCAUAUUCUGAAAGCAUUAUUCUGUGUUGACUGAUAAAAUUAUACUCUUUGUGAAGCCCCGAAACUGGCAAAUUGAACCAAUGUAGUGUUGUCUCCAAAACAAGUUAAAAAUAUGCAUAAAUUGCACUGAAAGUUGCUCUUUUAUAUGCGAAAAGGUUGAGGAAAUAGGGUAUGCAAAGAUUUGUGAAAGUCGAUUCAGAUCUAUUUGUGCUUAUAUGUUGGUCAGGAAGAACAUAUGACACCCGUUGUUGCACAGUUGUUGGAAAUGGCACAGUGAUAAGAUUAUGCAAAAGCUUAGAAUCUGCAUUAUUGCAUCUUCCCUCCACGCAGCACGUGUGCACACCACACCACCUGACACAACAGUAAACUCUUCUGCAAGCUACUGCUUCCACUCUUUUGGAUAUUGAGACUCCCGGUGCUAGGCUUUAUGCUUGCAGUGACAUUGGUGUUGAAAAAAAUAAGUGCUAUUAUACUGGUGUAGGUGUAUUUUACAUAUGCAGUUACCUUACUUACAUACCUUCACAAGAAAUAUGCAGGUUUUGAGUUACAUCAUUGCAACAAUAGAGUGAUUUGAUGUUGAUGUUUGUAAUUUUUGUUUAUGUUGCUUUUAAUGUUUAGGUAUUUUAUUUAAAAAAAAAAAAAAGAAAGCCUGGUUUUUGUUUACACAAGACUAGCACCUUUGUACCUUUGUAUAAUGCAAUGAAAAGAUUCCUUGAUUCAUAAUAGCUUCUCCUGUUAUACUGUUUCUGAAAUCAUGUCCCAUUGAUGAACCAUGCAGCUAAGCCAAGUUCAACCCCAAAGAAUGUAGAAUACAGGGAUGCAUGUAUGAAUCAGAAGUUUACUUCUGGGGCCAUUUUCACAAAAUUUUGUAACCCAGUUUUUCGAAAACUUUUUCCCCUUAAAUGCCAUUGCCUUAUGGCAUGAUAACCCUUUUUGAUCUUUUGCAAAAAAAGUUAAAAGAAAUAUGAGUGAAAAUUGUUAAAGUGGCCCCAGACUUCCAGUUGCCAGCCACCUUAUUCAAGAUCACAGCACCAGCACACUUGAAUUUUUGUUCAUCUC